AGCUCACAGUCUUUCUCUACUCUCUCUCUCUCUCUCUCUCAAAGCUAUAAGACAUUUGACACCCCAAAAAAACAAAAGACAAAGCUUUCUAUGCUGUUCUGUUCUGAUGUCCAAUGUUGUCGUCAGCAAAGCAUAAUAAGAUCAACCAUAGUGCUUUUUCAAUUUCGUCAUCGUCAUCAUCAUCAUCAACAACAUCAGCAUCAGCAUCAUCAACAUCGUCCUCCCUAGGGCAGAACAAGUCUCAAGUCACCAUGGAAGAAGUAUGGAAAGAAUUCAACCUUGGUUCGCUUCACUACCAUCGCCAAGUUAACAUUGGUCAUGAGCCAAUGUUAAAGAACCAAAACCCUAAUUACUCUAUCUUUCAAGAUUUCCUCAACAUGCCUCUGAAUAACCAACAACCACCGCAACCACCUUCUUCUUCCUCAAUUGUCACAGCUCUCUACGGCUCUCCUCUGCCUCUUCCUCCUCCUGCCACUGUUCUCAGCUUAAACUCCGGCGUUGGCUUUAAGUUUCUUGACAACACAGAUUCUCUUGUUGCUUCUAACCCUAACUCCUUUGAGGAAUCUGCAAGUUUUGGUUGUUUUGCUAAGAAAAGAGGCCAAUUUUCUGAUGAGAGUAGAGGAGACAGAAGGCAUAAGCGUAUGAUCAAGAACAGAGAAUCUGCUGCUCGUUCAAGGGCUAGGAAACAGGCAUAUACAAACGAGCUGGAGCUUGAAAUUGCUCACCUACAGACAGAGAAUGCAAGACUCGAGAGACAAUAUGAGCAGUUGAAAAUGGCGGAAGCAACUCAACACCAAGUGAACAAAACACUUCAACGGUCCUCGACAGCUCCAUUUUGAGAAACAUCUACAAGUCCUUUCUUUCUCCUUGUGGGGAAGUGUGUUCUCAUGGAAGAAGUGAAUAAAAAUCAGGAAAGGUUUGUACAUUUUUAGCUAAGUUAAUUUUGUGGUAAAUUAAUGUAAGGAGUGUGCGUAGAAAAGUGUCUAGAGAAAGCAACGAACUUUCUUCUUCCUUAUCAACUCUUCUGACUUUUGUACUAUUUUUUAUCUACUUUAGCCCUCUAUUAUUGUAAUGUGAAGUCUCUAUCUAAGUAGUACAUGAGUUUCUGUUAUCA